AACCGAUUCAUUAGGUACAAAUCAAAGAUUAUUUUUUACACUCGUUAAUAAGCUGCCUAAUAACGUAGAAGUUCGUUAUCACGUGCACUGAAUGAUGAUUCCGCGUAAAUUUUUGGCAAACAAAGGCGUAUUAUAACAGUGAGAAAAAAUUUCGAUGGAUAAAACUUCCUCAAUUCGAACACAUUUCCGCUUUAUUCGCGUUUUUUUUCAUUUCAACGUGAAAUUAUUUCAAAUAGGCUAAUGUAAUUAGGUAAUUAAGACUAUAUAAAUAAUAAUGACUGCAAAUAUUGUGUUCUUUUUAAAUUUAUUCGCGUUUUUUGUAAUAAGUUUCGUUAAUGGUGUUAUAAUUCAUACAAAACAAGGAUCAUUGAAAGGUUUCGUAUCCCAGAGCCGAAAUGGCCGACCUUUUUAUUCGUUUCAUAGCGUACCCUAUGCAGAACCUCCUUUGGGGAAUUUACGGUUUGCGAACCCAGUUCCUGCAAAACCAUGGGAAGGUGUAAAAGAUGCCACAAUUGAAUCACCUAUUUGUAUAAACGAAGCAUUUGGUCACUUAUCUGGUCAAGAAGAUUGCCUCUAUUUAAACGUGUACACACCUAAGAUAACAAACGAAACUUUGUUGCCUGUAAUGGUUUACACUUACGGAGGACGUUUUCUGUUCGGUAAUGCUCGAUCGCAUCAAUAUGGAGCACAUUAUUUCAUGGACAGAGACGUCAUACUGAUAACAUUUCAUUACAGAUUGGGAGUUUUUGGUUUUUUGAGCACCGAAGAUGAAAUAAUUCCAGGAAAUUAUGGUCUGAAAGAUGAGGUAGCUGUACUCGAGUGGGUUCAAAAGUAUAUAGAUGAUUUUGGCGGCGAUAAGAAUAGAGUAACUUUAUUUGGAGGCAGUUCCGGAGGCAUUAGUGUAUCGUUAACGCUUGUUUCACCUCUGGCUAAAGGUCUGUUUCAUGGAAUAAUUUCUCAAAGUGGACAUCCUUUCGAUAUGGAAAAACCUGGAAAAGCUAAAUUAAACGCGUGGAAACUGGCUUCAGCAGUUGGUUGUAACGGAGACUACGUUAAAAUCACAGAAGAGCUUUUGCAUUGUUUGAGGAAAAUUCCAGCUGACGACUUGGCUGUGCAAGUUAAAAGUUUUUUUCGAAUGGGUUCACUACUGCCUGCUUUCCCUUUCGGUCCGGUUAUUGAAAACGAAAAGACUCCUGGUGCUUUCCUAGUCGACGAGCCUCGAAAAUUACUCGAACGAAAAUCAAGUAUACCUUGGAUAAUGGGCAUGAAUGCUGAUGAAGGCGGUAUGAUGGCAUUAUUUGCUUAUUACGGUUACUACAGCUUGGGCUCUCUGUCUCAAGAAUUCGAUACCAAUUAUAGAAAAUACUUUCCGGAAAUAUUUCGCUACAUACACCACGUCGACCCUAAACAACUCGAUACUGUAACCGAGAAAUACAAAACGUAUUAUUUCGGCGAUAAGAUAAUUAGCGAAAAUAUUCACGGGUUAGCGAAGAUGUUUACCUCAUUGAUAUACGUGGCCGGAAUCAAGGAAGCGGUGAAAUUAUACAAAGGCCCAAAAUUCGUGUACUAUUACGAUCAUAAAAAUAAAGAAUCGUUUGCAAAAAUGUACGCCGCCAAUACUGAUCUUCAAAUGGGUAUUAUUCACGGAGACGAGCUCAUAAGUUUAUACAACUGGUCUUCUGUAAUCACCCCAGUCACCGAAGGAGUGGACUUGACAGUUUCCGAACAAAUGCUGGACUUGUGGACGAAUUUUGCUGCAACCGGGGAUCCGAAUUAUCAAGACAGGAGAAUUUGGGAUCCGGUAGAAUCAUCGACGAUAAAUUAUUUACAUAUAAAAAAUGGCGAAUUAGAAACGAAACAAGAGUUCCUAAAAUCCGAAUUUGAUUUCUUGGACAGUGUUCCAAUCGACGGAUACUUUUAGAGAAUAAUUUUUUUAUUUGUUAUUAUUUUUUACACGUAGAUAAUUUGUUUUUCAUUACAUCAUAAUGAUAAGGAAACGCGACGAAAAAAAAAUGAAAUUAAAGUUCCUUAAUC